ACCCAGCAGUUCUCCGCGAACUCCGGCUCGCACAUCGUUCGUUGACGAGAAGCGAAUCCCUGGUUCACCGGCACCUUUUUUCGCGAAAGGCGGUCCUUCUGUACGUUCCCUGGCCACGCACGUGAAUGAUCCAUACGGUCCCCAAGCGACAGUGGGAAGCCUCUGGUCAAAGCUGGGCCCCCGGCGUUGCUUGCGCGCUCCUGCCGAGGCGCUGACACACUGAACCGGGGCCCGUCAGCCUGCUGCCCGUCAGCGGUUCAGGUCAACGGCUCUGGUUCAUUGAAAUACGGCUCACCUGAUCUACGAGAAGGAGGCUCGAGACCUCCCUGAGACAACGUUUCCUCGAGGAAGGACGCCUGCUGCGGAGAACUCGCGAUAAGGCUGUUCCUCCUCUCCCACCGAGCCCCCCGCUGCUUGUCCCGCCGCUGCUGCUGCUGCUGCUGCUGUUGCAACCAGGGGCCAUCGAAGGUUUCAGCGCUGCGAUAUAAAGCCGAGGCCACCACCGUCCCCGGCACCAUGGGCAAGGAAGUCGUGCUCGAGUCAUCCGGAGUUGUCCACCACCACCACCACCACCACAAGCACCGCGCCGCCGGCCACCACUCGCUCAACAACAACAAGAAGAAGCACUGCCCGUCGAGGGUCAAGCAGCCGCACAGCGUUUCCAAAAGCACAUCUCGAACAACCAUGAGGCACGACGCGAUCCUCUUCAGCAACCUCAAGCCCAGGGAGUUCGCCCAGGAAGUCGUCGGCAAGACCAACAAGGAUGACUUGGAUAACCCGUUCUACAUCCUGGACAUUGACGACUUACUCUACAAGGUCGACCUAUGGCGCAAGUCUAUACCCCGGGUGAAGGCUUUUUACGCUGUCAAGUGCAACGACAACCCGAUCGUGCUGGAAGUGCUCGCGGGUCUGGGCCUGGGCUUCGACUGCGCCAGCCUCGCCGAAAUCGAGGCCGUCAUGUCGCUCGGCGUCGACCCGUCGCGCAUCAUCUACGCCCACCCGCAGAAACACGUGACUUACCUGCACCGCGCGCACGAGCUCGGCGUCGACCUCAUGACCUUCGACUGCGCCGAGGAGCUGUACAAGAUCAAGGAGCACCAUCCAUGCGCUCGUCUGGUGCUGCGUCUCAAGAUCGACAACAAGAAGGCCCUGUUCGCCAUGGGCGACAAGUUCGGCUGCUCCGAGGCCGAGGCCAUCAACCUGCUCCACCUGGCCAGGGACCUCGACCUCACCGUCGUGGGCGUGUGUUUCCAUGUGGGAAGCACCAACCAGGACCCCGGAGCCUUCACGGGAGCCAUAGCGGCGGCGAGGCGGACGUUCGACGCUGGGCGCGACCUCGGCUUCGACCUGAGGCUGCUAGACAUCGGCGGCGGCUAUGCCGGGGAGAAGGGCUUCGAGACUGUCUUCCUCAAGACUGCGGACAUCAUCAACGCAGGCCUGGACAAGCACUUCCCAGAAAGCUACGGCGUCAGCAUCAUCAGCGAGCCGGGCACAUUCUUCGUGGCAUCCGCCUUCACCAUCUACACGAAGAUCAUCGGCAAGCGGUUGAACGAAAGCUACGACGACACAAAGCCCAAAGAGCGCAUGUACUACGUCAACGAAUCUGUCUACAAGUCUUUCGUCGUCUCUCUCUUCAACGAUGAACCUGUUGAGCCAGAGUCACUACAGGACGUGGAAGGGCCACUGCUCCCGACCAUUGUGUGGGGCAUCACCUGCGACGGCGUGGACAAGAUCAAGGCCGUCUGCAAGCUUCCUGAUCUGGCAGUUGGCGAGUGGCUCUAUUUCGAGAACAUGGGCGCCUACACAAUCACCAUCAACUCUCAGUUCAACGGAUUUCCCAGUGCGGAUGUGCACUACCGCGCAAGCAAGAUUGUCGAGGACCACUUGCGGCGAAAGAAGCUCAUCCUUUCCAUUCUGGACACCGCUUGACAGGGUCCUACUCACUCCUACACAGUACUCAAGUUUUUACUACUGUCAAGGUGACCUCCAAAGUCGCAUGGUCGAGACGAUGACCUGGCGUGACUGCCACACGUGAGGGGCCCACCUUCACACAAUGGUGCCGUUCGGAAAAGGACCAACACACAAAAAAUGUUCCAGAGGCCAAUUCGAACGACAUGCUGAAGGGCAGGAGGGGGUUCUGCUGAUGCUUGAAUUAGCCGACUGUCCUUUAAGUGUAAAGCCGGUAUUUAUAUUGUUCGCGAGAUUUCUUUUGCAAUGUCAGUGUGUAAAGAGAAGGAGAGAGUUGCGACACCUGGAGAAUGACAGCUGCGUGGAUGUUUACUUAUCACAGAAUUGUCGCCCAUCUGGUGGUAGUAUGAAGCUAAAGAGGAAGCAUUUAAGUUAUUUGCAAUAUUCAGGGUUGUGCUUCGUGUUGUCUAUCAAUUUGUCAUCGCCCACCGACCUGCUAGCAUCCCUGAUAGAGCGGUCACCCCAGAAAGGCGUUGGUCCCGGGGUCAAUACCUUUACCAGGAUGAAUUUUCCUUAAACUCUGAAGCUUUCUUUCAGUGAAACCCGUUGUUUCCUUUGUACCACUGUACUAGUUUUGGAUGGACGGCAAUGUUCCUCUUUCGUGAAAGUUUGUCUGCCUUGCGGAUUUCCUCAGAACAGAUUUGACAUACUAUAUUAGUUUUUACCUUUUUUUACAAGCCUUAUACAAGUGACUCACGAUAAUAAUUUGUAUGAAUCUUCCCAGCCAGAUUUGUAAACAGUAACGCUCAAUAUAAUGGUAAACAGUGAUGGUUUGCUUUCGAUAGAAUAAAUUAAUAAUGGGGCUAGUAGUCGUUUACCACUCAGCAAGACAAAAAAGCCAUUAUUACAUGAAAACAUGAAUUGGAAGAAUAGCUUAAAAGGCAAGGACCACUGAAAUUACAGGGCUAUCUCGAUUUACUUCAGCACAACAUCUAACUAGUCAGGAUCGAGGAGCAAUGAGAAUUUACUCGAGCGUUUAAACAAAAAGCUACGAAAAUACAUUUUAUGCUGCUUGACCGUGCACAGCACAUGAGCAGUUAUCCUGCUGGCUGCCUCAAUAAAGAUUUUGUUCAAAAUGA